AACUCAAAGUGCUGUGACAGGACGGCUUACGUGUGAUCACAUGGAACUGAAUUCACGUACAAUUUACGCCAUUCUAGCUCGCUGUUCAUACGAGAUAAGCCUGGUAACUAAGGCUGGCAGAUCUACGAUGGAAUUAAAGUGAGAUUCUCUUCUCAGGACUCAUUGCAUGCCGAUAUACUAUGUGACCAACGAAAGAAAUCAAGGCAAUAUGGAGGGAGUACUUCAUAAAUGGACAAACUAUAUCAGUGGAUGGCAGCCGCGCUGGUUUGUGUUGGACGGUGGCACGCUGUCGUAUUAUGACUCCCAAGAGGAAGCCUGGAAGGGCUGCAAGGGCAGCAUCAAGAUCUCCGUCUGCGAGAUCCAAGUGCACUCGUCAGACGUGACCCGUGUGGACCUGACCAUCCCGGGGGAGCAGUACUUCUACCUGCGCGCCAUCAACGCCGCCGAGAGGCAGCAGUGGCUGGUGGCCCUGGGCACGGCAAAGGCCUGCCUCACAGACAACCGCACCAAGAGGGAGAAGGAGCUUCAGGAGAACACAGAGGCGCUGAGGACCAAGAUGUCGGAGCUGCGUCUGUACUGUGACCUUCUGCUCCAGCAGGUCAACAAGAUCAAAGAGAGCCCAGAUACUGACCUGGCACUCUCAACAGAGGUUGGUGGGGACGUGGGUGGUCUGGUGAAGUCCACCUGCAGCACUUUUCUGAAGACGCUGGAGGAGUGUAUGCACAUCGCCAGCCGAACUUUCACCCAUGACCUCCUGACCCUCAGCCCCCCAGGGUCACCCCCUGUCGCUGCCAUCAAACCCCAGAAGGUGAGGCCCAUCAACCAGAUCAGUCCAAGCCUUGGACAGAGGAGACCAGAGGUGAGCAGCUCUUCCCAGCCUGAGGGGUCACCGGGGUCAGAGGGGUCGCAGAGGUCACCGGGGUCACCUGAGCCCUCGCACACACCCACCACAGGACCAGAGGACUCACACACACACCCUUCAGACUCCGCCCCUCAGAUCUCUGACGCAGUGGCAGAGGAGGAGAUCGAAAAGGACUCUGGCCACACCCACAACCAGGAAGAGGGAGGGGCCAACGACAGCAGCUCCACUGAGCAACCUCCAGAGCAGAAGGAGGCGGGACCGGAAGAGGGUGGCAACCAAUCAGAGAAAGCAGAGGAGGAGGAGGAGGAGGAGGAGGAAGAAGGGGAAGAGAGGGAAGAGAAGGUGGACACAUUCUUCAGCACCAUGAGCCACAGAUUUAGUGAUAUAACUCUGGAUGAAGAUUCUGGGAUCCCCACCCAAGCUUUUCUGGACUCUUGCUAUGCUAUAGUACCCGUAUUAGAUAAAUUGGGCCCCACAGUAUUUGCUCCUGUUAAAAUGGACUUUGUGGGCAACAUCAAGAAGAUCCAGCAGAAGCUGCAGUCGGACCCGGAGGGGUUCCCCACGCUGCAGGCCAUUGUGCUGCACGAGGUGUGCACGGACCAGGCCCAGAUGAGGAACUCAGCCACCGAGGCGCUGCUCUGGCUGCGGAGAGGCCUCUGCUUCCUCUGGCAGUUCCUCACGGAGGUCCACGCAGGGGCGCACGACAUCCAGGGGGCACUGAAUAACGCAUACGGACGCACACUGAGGCAGUACCAUGGCUGGGUUGUCAGGGGGGUGUUUGCGCUGGCCCUGCGUGCCGCCCCCUCCUACAGUGCGUUUGCGGCGGCGCUGGUCCUGAAGGCGGGCGAUGAGCAGCUGGCGGGGUUCGGCCGGGGCGUGAGGCGAGACCUGGGGCUCUACCUGCCCGCCAUGCAGCAGCAGCUGGCCAUCCUGGACGCCCUGUACGAGGAGCACAGCCUGGAGUCCGACGAGGUGGUGUGAGAGGAGCACCUGCAGGGGAGCGUGUGUGUGUGCGUGUUUGCGUGUGUGUGUGCGUGUGUGUGUGCGUGUCUGUGUGUG